AUGGCCGCGUCCACCCUGUCCGUCUGCUCCAGCGACCUGAGCUAUGACAGCCGCGUCUGCCUGCCCGGAUCCUCAGACUCCUGCCCCGACUCCUCCUGGCAGGUGGACGACUGCCCAGAGAGCUGCUGCGAGCCCCCGUGCUGCGCCCCGGCCCCCUGCCUGACCCUCCUGUGCGGCCCCUCCUCCCCCUGCCAGGGAGACUGCUGCACCCCUGCGUGCUGCAAGCCCGUGUGCUGCACCCCUGUGUGCUGCAAGCCUGUCUGCUGCACCCCUGUGUGCUGCAAGCCCGUCUGCUGCACCCCUGUGUGCUGUAAGCCCGUCUGCUGCACCCCUGUGUGCUGCAAGGACUCCCCCUGCUCAGCCCCCUCCUGCUGCCAGCCCAGCCCCUGCUGCAGACCCUCCUCCUGCGUGUCCUUGCUCUGCCGCCCCGUGUGCAAGCCCGUCUGCUGCACCCCUGUCUGCUGCAAGCUCUUCUCCUGCACCCCUGUGUGCUGCGAGGACUCCCCCUGCACAACCUCUUCAUGUUGCCAGCCGUCCUGCUGCACCUCCUCCCCCUGCCAGGAAGACUGCUGUACCCCUGUGUGCUGCAAGCCUGUUUGCUGCACCCCUGUGUGCUGCGAGGACUCCCCCUGCUCAGCCUCCUCCUGCUGCCAGCCCAGCCCCUGCUGCAGACCCUCCUCCAGUGUAUCCCUGCUCUGCCGCCCCGUGUGCCCCCGCCCUGCCUGCUGCGCCCCUGCCUCCUCCUGCUGCACCCCUGCCUCCCCCUGCCAGCCCAGCUGCUGCCGCCCGGCCUCCUGUGUGUCCCUGCUCUGCCGCCCCGUGUGCAGGCCCGCCUGCUGCGCCCCUGCCUCCUCCUGCUGCCGCCCGGCCUCCUGUGUGUCCCUGCUCUGCCGCCCUGUGUGCCCCCGCCCUGCCUGCUGCACCCCUGCCUCGGGCCAGGAGUGUUGCCGCUGA